AUGAGUUACUGGAGUCUGGAUAAGAAAAGCUGUCUGCAGUACUGCAGGCACUUCUUGGUGGACAACGGUGUAUUUCAUGUUGAAAGAUGCAUGAGUGUUAUGCAGUCUGGGACUCAGAUGGUUAAGCUGAAGAGUGGAACCAAAGGGCUAGUUCGUCUCUUCUACCUGGAUGAGCACAGGACCUGCAUCCGAUGGAGACCAUCCAGAAAAAGUGAAAAGGCAAAAAUUGUCAUUGAUUCCAUUUACAAAGUCACCGAAGGCCGGCAGUCUGAAAUCUUCCACCGCCAUGCAGAGGGGAACUUUGACCCAAGCUGUUGCUUUACCAUUUACCACGGCAACCACAUGGAGUCACUGGAUCUGAUUACAUCUAACCCAGAGGAAGCUCGCACCUGGAUCACAGGACUGAAAUAUUUGAUGGCUGGAAUAAGUGAUGAAGACUCACUCGCUAAGCGACAGAGAACACAUGAUCACUGGGUCAAACAGACCUUUGAGGAAGCUGACAAGAAUGGAGAUGGCUUGCUGAAUAUUGAAGAGAUCCACCAGCUGAUGCAUAAACUAAAUGUUAACCUGCCCCGCAGGAAGGUCCGGCAGAUGUUUCAGGAAGCAGACACAGAUGAGAACCAAGGAACCCUAAAUUUUGAAGAAUUUUCAGUGUUUUACAAGAUGAUGUCUUUACGUCGAGAUCUCUACUUACUGCUCUUAAGCUACAGUGACAGAAAGGAUCACCUCACUGUUGAAGAACUUGCUCAGUUUCUAAAGGUGGAACAAAAGAUGAAUAAUGUGACACCAGAGUAUUGUCUUGACAUCAUACAGAAGUUUGAAGUAUCAGAAGAAAACAAGAAGCAAAAUGUUCUUGGGAUUGAAGGUUUCACCAACUUCAUGCGCAGUCCUGCUUGCGAUAUAUUUAAUCCACUGCAUUGUGAAGUGCAUCAGGAUAUGGAUCAGCCCCUUUGUAACUACUUUAUUGCUUCAUCUCACAAUACAUACUUGACAGGAGACCAACUGCUGUCCCAGUCCAGAGCAGAGAUGUAUGCACGAGUGCUGCAAGAUGGUUGUCGAUGUAUUGAAGUGGAUUGCUGGGAUGGUCCAGAUGGAGAGCCGGUAGUGCACCACGGCUAUACUCUUACUUCUAAAAUACUCUUCCGUGAUGUGGCAGAAACUAUCAAUAAGUAUGCUUUCAUCAAAAAUGAGUUUCCAGUGAUACUGUCUAUUGAAAACCAUUGCAGUAUUCAACAGCAAAAGAAGAUUGCUCAGUGUUUGAAGGAGAUAUUUGGUGACAAACUGGACUUGUCAUCUGUAAUCACUGGAGAUUCCAGGCAGCUUCCUAGCCCUCAAAAUUUGAAAGGGAAAAUCCUAGUGAAGGGUAAAAAGUUGCCAUACAGUCUUGGAGCAGAUGCUGAGGAAGGAGAAGUUUCAGAUGAGGAUAGUGCUGAUGAAAUUGAAGACGACUGCAAAUUAAAGCCCUGCUAUAAUAAUGGUGCAACUGAGCACCAGGUGGAAUCUUUUAUAAGAACAAAACUGGAAUCUCUGAUAAAAGAAUCCCAGAUCAGGGACAAAGAAGAUCCUGACAGCUUCACUGUGAGAGCCCUGCUAAAGGCAACUCAUGAGGGGUUAAAUGUUAACCUGAAGCAGAACCUGGACACAAAAGAAGGUGGAAAAAAGUCUCAUAGCCGAUCAUUAAUGGGCAACUUCGGUAAACACAAAAAAGCUGUAAAGGCAGCAUCCAAAUACCAUAGUGCAUCAGAUGAGGAAGAAGGCCAGCAAAACUCUUCUGGGAAGGAAAUGGGGCAGCUCCACAGACUAGCUCGUCGAAGAAAAACGGUGAAGCUGUGCCGAGCUCUGUCUGACCUAGUGGUGUACACGAACUCUGUGGCAGCCCAGGAUAUAGUAGAUGACGGAUCAACAGGGAACGUGCUAUCAUUCAGUGAAACAAGAGCCCACCAAGCUGUGCAGCAGAAGGCCGAACAGUUUAUGCUUUACAACCAGAAACAGCUUACAAGGGUCUAUCCGUCAGCCUAUCGGAUUGACUCCAGCAAUUUCAAUCCUUUACCUUACUGGAAUGUUGGUUGCCAGUUAGUGGCACUAAACUACCAGACUGAGGGACGUGUGAUGCAAUUAAAUGAAGCAAAAUUUAGGGUAAACGGCAACUGUGGUUAUGUCCUCAAACCUCAGCAGAUGUGCAAAGGCACAUUCAAUCCCUACGCUGCUGAUCCACUUCCUGCCAGUCCUAAAAAGCAGCUUAUUCUGAAAAUCAUCAGUGGACAGCAGCUACCUAAGCCUCCUGACUCAAUGUUAGGAGACAGAGGAGAGAUAAUAGAUCCCUUUGUUGAGGUGGAAAUUAUUGGGUUACCUGUUGACUGCUGUAAAGAUCAGACCAGGGUGGUUGACGACAAUGGGUUUAAUCCUGUUUGGGAGGAAACACUCACUUUUACCAUCCACAUGCCUGAAAUAGCUUUGGUGCGAUUUCUUGUUUGGGACCAUGAUCCUAUUGGACGAGACUUUGUUGGACAAAGAACUCUGGCCUUUAGCAGUCUUGUGCCUGGUUAUCGUCAUGUGUAUUUAGAAGGACUGACAGAAGCAUCCAUAUUUGUUCAUAUAACCAUUAAUGAGAUCUAUGGAAAGAAUAAGCAGCUGAUAGGACUCAGAGGGUUGUUUAACAAGAACCCUAAGCAUAAUUCUGCUGAAACCAGCGGGCACUAUGUACGGAAGCGAUCUAUUGGUGAUCGAAUUCUUCGGCGCACAGCCAGUGCACCAGCAAAAGGUAGAAAGAAAAGUAAGAUGGGUUUUCUGGAAGCUACUGAAAUUAAAGACAGUGCAUCUGAACCAGUAGACUUGAAAGACAGAGAAGGAGUUGUAAGGCGUACAAGCCGGAGUUUGCAAGCACGUCCUGCGUCUAUGCCCGUGGACAAAUAUCUCCUUGCAGGACUGCCAUGCCCAGAAGAUGAAACUGCCCAAGAUGCCCAAGGAAAAGAAAAUACAUCUGCCAACAGUGAUGACAAUACAAAUGAGAAGGAAACAAACUUGAAAGAAUCUGUCUUUCCAUCUUCUGAGAAAACAGCAAAUACUUCAAAUUUGGCAUCUCAGUUUAAGGAGAAUGACCAGAAGGAGACUACAGUUGACUCUUUAGUACCACCUCUACAGGAGCAACCUGAAAAUUUACUUUUUGCAAGUGGUGUAGCUGAAACAAAUCACCUCAUAGACUAUCAGGAAAAUAAUCUUUCUGAUGGAACUGUCCCUCUAAUGCAGGACUCUGAUUUUGAACUUUCUGCAGAAAAAACACAUGACAAAAACUGUGCAGACAAUAAAAAGGAAGAUGACACAAAAGGAUCUAAGGAGGAGAAAAUAACUCUUGUGGGGACUUCCCUUUCUCAAAAAGUAGAGAUGGAAAAUCACAAAUAUGACAUCAUCAAGAAAAGCACGGCAGUAUCUCUUUCUUUGACGGGUAUUUCUUCUACCAGUUGCUCUGAUGCUCCUGAUUUGCACUCCACUUUAAUCAUGCAGGACAGUGACAUUUCUCGCCUUAUAGAUGAAGUUUCUUUAGCAAAUGAGAGCGAGAUGGAUAGCGCUGUCUCGGCUCUGAUCGGACAGUUUGAUGUCACAGAUGACCAAACUAAUCUUACUGUGGUCUCCAACCUCCAUGGCACUAGCAGCCAGACCUUCAGUAUGAUAGCUACACAUCCACACAUGCUUACUGCGGAUCUUAACAGUCCCUGUAAGCACAACUUUACUACCACAAAAUCCAUCAAAUCCCCUUUAUUCUCAACUCCAGAUACUACCAUAUUCUCCAGCCCUGAGACUGCAGAGUAUUCUGUGUACACAAUUAUCCAUGAGGCAACUCUUACACCAGCUUUUGAAUGUAAGACCCACAGUGAAUUAAUUUGCAAGAAAAAGUUAAAUAGUACAGAAACUAACUUGCCUAGCUUUCCUUGUCCUUCACCUUUCUCUUUGCUAAAUGCAAAUCCCAAAAGCAGAUGUGGAACAAAAUCUGGAACAAGCUGGGAAGCCCCUGAGUCUGCCAGUUCUUUUGCUUCCAAUAGCCUCAUCUUUGAGGAGACACUUGUGGACCCCCUCACUGGUGAAAAUUCAGAAAGCAGCAGUCUUGUAGAAGUACAUGGGGAUUCUCAAGAUCUCUUGGUAACUGCAUGUGAGUACAAAAGGGAAGACAUGAGCCAGUUGGCUUCCCCUUUGAAAUUGAGGCAAAAGCAGGACACUGGGCAUGGUGGUGAGAGGACCUCUGGGAACAGCGCAACUGUUGAGCUCUGUGCUGCUGCGCUGGACUGCUCAGAUAACUUCAGGACUGCAGGGAGUCAGCUUCCUUUUCCAAUGUGUGAAAAUGUUGGCUUUUUGUAUAAUCAUCAUUCAGAUAAGCAGAAAAAUGUAAUGUGUGCCUCUGAGAGAUCCCAGCUCAACAUACACUCACCGGUGCUCAAAAAUGCUUUGGCUUUCCCACCUCAUUCAGCCAUCAAGCAGACUAGUCCUUGCAAAUCCAAGAGUCUCGGUGACUUGACAUCAGAGGAUAUUUCCUGCAAUUUUGAAAGUAAGUAUCAAUACAUAAGUAGGAGCUUUAUCUCAUCAGGCAUGAGAGACAAGAAACUUGCUGCUAUGAAGAAUAUGAGACCACAUUCUACAGAUGCCCUGACGGAACAGCUGAGGAAGCUGGUGUCCCUGGACCAGGAGGACAGCCGUGAAAUGCUGUACUCCAGGCAGAUUGAUGAAGACUGCCCAAAGGCACUGGUCAGAAAACUCUCAUCCAGAAGCCAGAGCAGAGUGCGAAAUAUAGCCAGCCGUGCCAAGGAGAGGCAGGAGGCUGCCAGCAAGCAAAAAUCUUCUAACACAGGUAGCAUAGCGGGUGUCGUCCUUCGGAACAAGCCUUCAGCAUCGCCUCACGUUAUCAACAGGCAUUCAACGGGCUCAUACAUAGCCAGGUACUUGAAUGGCUUCCCUGGGGAGGACAUGGAGGGCCGAGGAAUACCAGAGGGUGCGUGCGCUGCUUUGCACUAUGGCUGUAGCGACCAGUUGUACGCACGCGAUUCUGUUCUGCAGCUGGAACCCAGUAGUGAUGAUAAGCCUGAAAUUUAUUUCCUGCUGAGACUGUAG